AUGAAGAUUUGUGUUUUCGCCGCUCUUCUGUCGGUGGCUGCGGCCCAAAGCUACGGCCAGGCACCCGCCCCACGCUACGCCCCAGCUAAAGCACCACCUCAAGCUCCUGCUCCGGCGCCAAGCCACGCCCCGGCUCCGUCGUACGCGCGGGCGCCUUCCUACGCCUCGUCGUACCAGGAGCCCCGUUACUACGCCCAGCCGCACCAGUUCGCGUACGCCGUUAACGACCAUUACAGCGGCUUAGUGUUCUCACAUAACGAGAACAGCGACACCAAGGUCGUACAGGGCUACUUCUCGGUCAACCUGCCCGACGGCCAGGUCCAACACGUCAAGUACACUGCUGACAACCAGGGCUACGGCGGCUACAACGCCGAGGUCACUUACGAUGGGGAGGCCCAGUACCCCGAGCCGGAAAAAUGA